AUGUUUAGCGAGCGGCGGCAACGGCGCGCACGCGCCACCGGCAAAGAUGGGAACGAUGCCGCCGAACUGGACCGCAGCAAUGUCUCGUUCCAGCUGCCCGACGAGCUCUUCAAUAAAUCGUUCCAAACCGUCACAAAUGUUAGCAAAUCAAUAUCCAGAUUGAUUAUGAACUCGGCUCGUCGCUACGCUCGCUUUGUUCUAUUCUUCAAGCCCGUGUUUGGAGAUGCUUUGGUGGUGAAGGGCAAUGAGGAGCCAACGACCACCACAACGCAGCGAACAACGACCACGACGGAGGCGGAAAAACUAAACGAAGUUUAA